UGCCAGUGUAAACAGUCUAGCAGACGGCAGCUUGGGUCGACUGAGGAGAUAUCAUGAACAAGGCACGGCAAUUGUGGAUUCAACUGAUCCCAGGGAGUUGUUCCUCCAGCUCAGUUUAACUCCGGGACUGAGGGAAUCUCUGCCUUGAGGCUCCAGUAAUCAACCACCAUGGGAUUUCUGGAUUCUGUCUCCCAGAUCAACUGACAACACAUCAAAUAUCUUCAGAUUGUUCUGAUCGGACUGGCAUAACCCUGUUCCCUGGACAGGAACAAUUAAGAUGGAAGCUGGGAAGAAGGAAUUACCAGCAGAUGAACUCCCUCCACCUCAUCAACAGAGUUCCUCUCCCAGCCCACCAGCUCCGUAUGGAUGGCAAGUGGAUUACGUGGAAGUAGAAAGUGGUGCACCAACAGCAUGCCCUCGGACAAUGCCCAGACCAGGCCACAUUCAACGGAGCCCAGACGCUGAGAAUGCAAUGAAUCCGCUGCCUAAUUAUGAAAUGGUUUCUCCACCUUACCCACCAUUGUAUCUGGAGUGUCAGCAAGCCCAUCAUAAACCAGAGACUGCCAGUCAUGGAGUUGACUUUGGGCAACAAGGCAAAGUGAAUCAGGAAUCGUUUGUGUCCCCCAGUGAGCAAGAUGCUGGGUGUACAACGGAUUUGCAGGAAAACCCUGUAGGUUCGAACCUCCCAUCAAACCAAAGUCAGCACUAUGGACAAGACCCUUCCAGUUUUCAGAUGGAUCCUGAAGUUGAACAUGCUGCAGCAAUGGUAGCGGGAGGUCCACGAGACCUGGCUGCCGUGCAAACACCAGGCACCAAAGUUGCCCCCUAUCCACUUAGUCCCCAGCAAGUGUUGUCCCCAAACUCAAUGAAUGCUGCUCUUCAAAUGCCAACUCCACCGAGGCCUUCCUUGGGAAAAAUAGGGCCCUUGCUGAGUUUUAAUUCUGACUGGUUCUUGUUCGACCAGCCAAUGCCACCCGUUGUGGCAGAACCUUUCCCGACUCCAGGCGAUGCUCAUCGCUUUAACUCUGAUCUCCAGCGAGGGGCAGAUGGUUAUCAGCAAGAGUUUACUCCUCAGCUUCAAGAUGUCAUCCCAGCCAGCCCUCAUUCACCCAAACAAUCUCCUGCAACUUCUAAAAUGGGCCCAAGUAAAGAACCAGAACAUCAAAUACAGACAGAAAGUAUGUUUAACCCUUUCAUACAAACACCAAAAACUGAUGAAGGUUACAGCUCCCCAGAUCCUCCACAGAUGCCGAUUGGUUUUGAGGCACUGGGACAUUCAGGCACAAACAUCAGUGACCAAAGCGCAGGCACUACAUCGUUCCCUGAACCACCAAAUACUCACAAGACAGAUCCUACUUUGAAAGAGGCCUGGGAGCUUUUUCCACCGGCCUCUUCCACGAAUUCUCCUCAGCCGGAUGUUCGGACUGAGCCACCAAUCCCAGUCUCUCCCAUCUCCAACCACAAAUCAUCGCCACCACCCAGAAUAAUCACUAGCGACCAGCCACGAGAGGAGCCAAGCGCGAGCGGUCACACUGAGAAUGAUUGUACUGAACCAAAGGAAAUUAAACUGAUGCCACAUCCCACCCUGAGGUAAUCGCCACCAUUCCUGCACAUCGAGUGGUUCUGAUGCUGGAGCACUGCUCCCAACUCAAGACUGUUUUAUUGAUCCAGUAUACUGGCUGCUCUUUUGAUCUUAAAAUAACUUACUUUGGUCGAAAGGUGAUAUGAAAUAUUCUCCAAUAUUAAGUAACAUCCUGCUUUUAUCCCCCUCUCUUCCCUGUGUCGCACCCAGGUGCAAAUCUGUUUCCCCAACUAUUUGCCACCUCUUUUCUCUUCCUUUCUGACCCCCGUUCCCUUCACCCAUAUACAUUCCUCUGGCUUCACAUUUCACUCCUCUGCUCUCCUUCUCUUACUCCCUCUUGUCUCUAUUUCACCACCAGCCUUCAUCACUUACCUCACCCCUCUGCCAACCAAAAACCCUUCCCCACCAGUAUCCUGUCUCCUUCCAUCCACACACCCCUCCCUCUGGCUUUACAUUUCACUCCUCUCCAUAUCUGACGCCCUUUGGUGCCACUUCUCACCUCCAGCCUUUGUCUUAAUCCACCCCUCUGCCAAAACCCCCCGCACACCUGUAUCCACCUAUCACUCGCCAGGCUUUGUCCCACCCCCACCUCUCUUUUCCAGCUUUCUUCUCUCCCCCUCCCCGUCCCCACUAC